AUGUUCACAAUGGUUGAAGCUGUAGGACAAAAGAUUGCAUGGCCUGCCUCAAAGUGUGUUGAUCUAGAACCAGUGACAGAAGCAGUCGACAUUACACCACUGAGCCAAAGAGCGACCUCAAUAAACAAAUGCAAACUACUUGAUUUGUCUUCAGAUGAUGUUGUUGUUGCUGAAGGACGCUGGCAGACAGAAGAACCAAAAGCAUUGGUUAAUGGUUUACCUCUUGGGCCAAAAGCUGUUAAAGUGUUCAUUGAUCAAGUGCAUCAGCCUGAGACAUUUAUAUGGAGGCCUACGCGACUUCACCCAGACCUUCAAGCGAGUCACUUCAUCGGGGUUUCCACUAACAGAUUUCUUUGA